AUUAACAAUAAUUUGAUGCUGUAUAUUUUCUUCCAUUAUUUAUUAGAGAUUAAAACAAAGAUGGCUGCGCCCUUUAAGAAAGUAAACGUGAAAACUUAUCAAAAAGUUGGUGAAAAAGUCACCAGUGACACAUUAUAUUGGAAGAAGCUAGAGGUCCCUGUGAUAAAAAAAGAAUAUGGCGCCAUUUCCCAUAUUGACUUCAGUCCAGUUGCACCUUACCAGCUGGCCGUGACCAACUCUACACGGGUACAAAUAUACAGCUCUAGCUCUCUACAACUACACAAGACCCUUAGUCGGUUCAAGGAAGUGGCAUACUGCGGAAGCUUCCGCAACAAUGGUCGCCUGCUGGUUGCCGGGGGAGACGAGGGGGUUGUAAGGUUGUUUGACGUUGACAACAAAACAAUCCUUAGAGUCUUCAAAGGACACUCAAGGGCGGUUCAUGUCUCCCGAUUUUUGUCCAGCAAUGUACAUGUGAUGUCUGCGUCUGAUGACAAUACUGUGAAGAUAUGGGACCUCCCUACAGAGCAAGAAAUAGUUGCAUACACGGAGAACAAGGACUAUGUAAGGUGCGGUGUCACCAGUCAAUCCAGUCAAGACAUCGUCCUCACAGGCUCGUAUGACCACAGUGUACGUCUGUUUGACUCCCGGCUGGACAAGAGUGUGAUGUGUGUUGACCACGGUGCCCCGGUCGAGAGUGUGCUCAUGUUCCCCCAUGGAGGCCUCUUAGUAUCUGCAGGAGGGACCACAGUGAAGGUGUGGGAUGCAUUGGCAGGGGGGAAGCUGGUCACGUCCCUCAGUCACCACCACAAGACGGUCACCUGUCUGGCCUUCUGCAGCAACUACCAGAGACUCAUGUCUGGUGGCCUUGACAGGCAUGUGAAGAUCUAUGAUGUGGCCAGCUAUCAGGUGGUUCAUACCCUAGACUACCCAGGGGCCGUCCUCAGUCUGGGAGUGGCGAAAGAUGACAGUCUGCUAGCUGUGGGUACAGUGGAGGGACUGGUUUCGCUACAGAGGAGGACUGCAGAGGAACAAACAACUGCUACAAAGAAAACCAAAAAACCAGUCUCAUUCAGAUAUGGUCUAAGAGGCAAAACUGUUGUACCACACAAGGAUGAUUAUGUGAUAGCCCAUCAGCGGAAGGAGAAGCUUGCACAGUACGACAAGUACUUCAAACAGUUUGAGCACAGUAAGGCACUGGAUGCAGCCCUUGAUAACCGCCUUCGUGCCAGUAUGCCUCAUGUUACUGUGGGUGUCAUGCAAGAGCUGGCCAGACGUGGAGCUCUCAAGUCAGCCAUAGCAGGGCGAGAAGGGGCCUCACUGAAGUCAUUGCUCACCUUCAUCAGACUGAACAUCAGCAACCCUCAGCUUAUGCCCACUCUCAUAGACGUGACCAACAUUGUGUUAGACGUGUAUGGCCCACAGAUCGGGCGGUCAUCCAUGCUGGACACUGCUGUCCACCACCUGAAGGCUACAGUGGACAAGGAGGUCAGCUACAUGAUGCAGCUCUUGGAGGUUAUAGGUCAACUGGACACUCUCUUCUCCGCCUCCCAGCAUGUCCAGUCGACCAAUGAAAUGCAAGCUUCGAUGUCACAUGAUGCCUCUGACCAAAUCACAUUGCAGCCUUCAGUGGCUGCUACUGAGGCGUCAUGAAAUUUGAAUUUACCAUAAAAUGUGUAAGAAAAAUAAAACCCUUUAACCAA